GGGAAGAAUUUUUCGGGGGUCAAAGGUCCAUAGAGAUAGUCACACUCUACGUGACAAAAAGUAAAGGACAUAGAAAGAUAAAAUGAGUUCAUUGAUUCAUAAAAAAUAGCGUCAAUUUUGGUCCCCGAAAAGACAAGCUGGGUCGCAGUUUGCCCUAAUGCUAUCCCUGUCUGCGUGACAUAAAGUCAUGCUCGAUCGCAUCUCACCAAAACAAUCCACGGCCUUCGCAGUCAGCUGUUUAGUACAAAGCAGUAAAAUAUACUGUGCCUGUAUUGUGUACAUCUUGGUUGAAUCUAACGACGUCUCGUCUGUCGUGUUUUCUAUCGACGCGAUUAUCGGUUUGCAGUUUGACAUGGAUGAUAAGCCAGAUUUGAAAGAUAGAAUAGUGAAAGAAUAUGCCACUGAAGCCACAGAGAAUUUGAUCAAGGCAAACUCUGGUAAGAUAUCGGCGAGUCCGCUCGUCCAAGGAUUCAUAUUUGGAUAUGUCUGUGCCAGGUUUCCAGUAGGAUUGUUUAUGGCAGCUGGAGUAGGUUUUCUUAGUGGACUAUAUUUGGAAGAAAAUUUCAUGCUGCCAGACUUGAAGGAAAAAGUUUUGUCAAUUUUUCCGGAACAACGCGAUAAAGAGUAGCAGCAAACAAAGUGCAAAUUUGUGUAAUGUUUAUUAAUGGCACUGUGAAAUGGAUCUAAUUCACCUCCAUUCUAAUGCUUCACUAUGCAGAUGAAGUAUAAGUACCCAUGAGAGGCACUAAUCCUGCAGCUAUGUUCCACCACUUUUCUCUCGCUUUUUAUUGCACUAUAAUAAAGACUAUAAUCCAACAUAA